AUGCCGCCAAAGGGGCCGAAGGUUGCACCAAAGGCGGGGGGCGCGCGCAAGGGUCCCCCCGCCGCGAUGCUGGCGAAGCUGAAGCAACAUCUGGAGAAGCAGAAGGAGGAGGAGGAGCGCAGGCUAAAGGAGGCUGAGGAGGAGGAACGACGAUUGCGUGAGGAAGAGCGACUCGCGGAGGAGCAGCGGAAGUUUGAGUUGGCUGAACGCGCCCAGGAGAAGCAGCGCCGCAAGGAUGAGGAACGCCAGCUCCGCAAGGAUUCAAAAAAAGGCGUGAACAAUGGGGCGUUGGAGCGCAUGGCGGCAGCGGGGUUUAUCCUCCCUGAUGUUGACAAGAUACGUGAGGAGCAGCGGCAGGAGCGUGAUAAGCCGAAGCGGAAGCCGAUGCCAAGGCCAAAGGUGGCAGCCCCGAAGCGGGAGGAAGUCGUGCAAGCGUCUCCAGCAGCAGGGGUAGAAGAAACAGACGAAGAAGCGGAGCAGGAUGAGGAUGAUGGCGAGUUAACAGUGGCAACUGAGUCCGAGGAGGAGGUCGAUGAGGACGACUGGGAGGCACUGAUGGAGCGCGACGACCGCCGCGCUGCACGCCACACUGAAAACGAGCGUAUUCGUCUGGUGCGCGUUGAGCGAAUUGAGCACCAGAAAAAAGCGCGCGAGGAACGUGCCCGCACCCGCGCAGAGGCGGCAGCAGCAGAACGUGCAAAACAACACGUGCUUGAGAGUGUCGCCAGCCUUCGCUCUCCCAUCUGCUGUGUUCUUGGUCAUGUGGAUACGGGUAAAACCAGCCUAUUGGACCGCAUUCGCUCCACAAAUGUGCAGGGUGGCGAGGCGGGCGGUAUUACGCAGCAGAUUGGUGCCACAUUCUUCCCACGCGAGGCUCUUGUUGGCGCAACAGCGGAAAUUAACACUAAAUACAACCAUGAUUUGAACGUACCAGGGCUCUUGGUGAUUGAUACGCCCGGUCACGAGUCCUUUACUAACCUGCGAAGCCGCGGUAGCAGCCUGUGUGACAUUGCCAUCCUUGUGGUGGACAUUAUGCAUGGCCUGGAGCCCCAAACCCGCGAGUCCAUUCGUCUCUUGCGUCAGAAAAAAUGCCCCUUUAUCAUUGCCUUGAACAAGGUGGAUCGACUCUACUCCUGGAAAGCAAACGAAAACAUGGAUAUUGAACAAACACUCUCUAAACAGUCGGAGAGUGUUCGCAGCGAGUUUGAAACGCGCGUGAAUCAGGUGAAGCAGGAGAUGCAGGCAGAGGGCCUCAACUCGGAGUUGUACUACCGGAACAAAGACAUGCGGAAGGUGGUUUCUAUAGUUCCCACCUCCGCAAAGAGUGGUGAGGGUAUCUCGGACCUCCUCCUCCUGGAAAUUCAGCUUGUACAACAGUUUAUGGAGGGUAAGGUGACGUACAGGGAUGACCUACAGUGCACCAUACUUGAGGUGAAGCCUAUCACAGGGUACGGUGUGACCGUGGAUGCAAUCCUUAUCAAUGGUGUGCUGCACGAAGGUGACACAAUAUGCCUGUGUGGCCAAAAUGGCCCUAUUUUCACGCAGAUUCGAGCUUUGCUUACUCCACAGCCCUUAAGGGAACUGCGGGUGCGAGGAGAGUACAUCCAUCACAAGGAAAUGAAGGCAGCGAUGGGCAUUAAGAUUGCCGCCAAUGAGUUGGAGUUUGUUAUCCCAGGCACCCCUUUACUCGUACUACAUCCUGGCGAUGACAAGGAUAAAAUUGCGCAUGAAGUUAUGAAGGAUACCAAUAAGAUUACGGAUCAGCUAAGUCCUGACGGUAUUGGUGUGACAGUGCAGAGUUCGACGCUUGGCUCGUUGGAGGCAUUGCUGGCGUAUUUAAAGGAUAUGAAGAUUCCCGUCGCGAGUGCCUCUAUCGGUCCACUACACAAACGUCACAUGGUUCAACUGCUCUCCAUAAAGCGGAAGGCGCCGCGCUACGCGGUGGUGUUGGCAUUUGAUGUGCAAGUCUCUGAAGAUGCACGCGAGAUUGCAAAGAAGAACGACAUUGACAUCUUUGAGGCGAAAAUUAUUUACCAUCUCUUUGACAUGUUUACACGCUACGUUGCUGAGUACGAGAGCCGUGAAAAGGAACGGGCCCGUGUCAUUGCCGUCUUCCCAGUGCAGCUUACAAUCAUUGAUGAUGCCAUUCAUAAGUCGGACCCAAUCAUUCUUCCAGUGAAAGUUGAGCGCGGGCAGCUUCACCCCGGCACUCCCCUCGCGAUCAUGCGGGGCGAGACGCCACUGCUGAUCGGCCGUGUCAUGACCAUUGAGCGUGACAAUAAGAGCAUCCCCAUCGCCCGCAUGGGGCACGAGUGUGCGGUGAAGAUAAACUCGGGCGAGUCAGGCGUGGUGUACGAUCGCCAGUUUGAUAAAACAGACUCGGUGUUCUCGCUCAUCACACGACCCUCCGUGGAUGCGAUCAAAAAGUUCAAGGACGAACUCUCAGAAGACGAUAUCAAUCUCCUGGCGACGCUUAUAAAGGCGCUAAAGGUUCCACCUCGGUAA